GGUGCUGCAUACGACUCCCAUGAGCGACAACCGCACUCCAAGUGUCUCCCAGGAACAAGAAUUGGCCUUCUUCGGUCGCUCAAGACGCUCUCCGAAGACCCAAGUCGAAAGAUCGUGUGGAUGGCUGGCGAGUCUGGGUCGGGAAAGACAACAGUUUUGCAUACAUUUGCAGAUGAGCUCCGCAGAGACGGGACGCUGGCGGGCACGUUUUUCUUUUCCAGAAAGCACACCAAGCGAAGC